CCAUCAUCAACUUGCGAUCUCUUUAUCCGCCACCAUUUCUGCCCCGUGACUCGACCACAGCAGUCGUAUAGAGCGUAAGAAGGACUUUUGAAUGUCCUCACGGUAGAAUUCAUCUGACUGUCUGCGAUCCACGGCCUCCAAUUCGAAGAUUCACCGCCCGCUCCCCGGGGAGCUGCCGUCCUCGAUAUUACCCCUCGCCGCUCGGUCAAGACUCGGGAGUGCCUAGACGAUGGCGGUGAACAGGAUCCGCGGGGCCUUUGCGCCUCCGAAGAAGGGAGAAACGUUCGAGCUCCGUGCCGGACUCGUGUCGCAAUAUGCCUACGAGCGGAAGGAGUCGAUCCAGAAGACCAUCAUGGCCAUGACGCUGGGCAAGGACGUGUCUGCCCUGUUCCCAGACGUCCUCAAGAACAUCGCCACGGCAGAUCUGGACCAGAAGAAGCUGGUAUAUCUAUACCUGAUGAACUACGCCAAAUCACACCCCGACCUCUGUAUUCUUGCCGUGAACACCUUCGUGCAAGAUUCGGAAGAUCCGAACCCCCUCAUACGUGCGCUGGCAAUACGGACGAUGGGAUGCAUUCGAGUGGAUAAGAUGGUGGACUAUAUGGAAGAGCCGUUGAGGAAAACAUUGCGGGACGAGUCACCAUACGUGCGGAAAACAGCAGCGAUCUGCGUGGCCAAGCUGUUCGACCUGAACCCGACAAUGUGUAUAGAAAAUGGCUUCCUCGAAAUCCUCCAAGAACUGAUCGGCGACCCAAAUCCCAUGGUGGUGGCCAACUCGGUACAAGCCCUAUCAGAGAUCACCGAGACGGCGCCGGAAACACGGGCGCUGGUCAUCACGCCCGUGACACUGAAGAAACUUCUGAUGGCAUUGAACGAAUGCACGGAAUGGGGCAGAGUAACGAUUCUCUCAACGCUGGCGGAUUACCCGACACGGGAUGUCAAGGAGUCGGAGCACAUAUGCGAGAGAGUGGCACCGCAAUUUCAACACGUCAACCCCAGCGUGGUCCUGGCAGCCGUCAAGGUUGUCUUCAUUCAUAUGAGGCACGUCGGCCCGGAACUGGUCAAGCAAUACCUCAAGAAGAUGGCUCCCCCUUUAGUUACCCUCGUUGCUUCGGCGCCCGAAGUCCAAUAUGUCGCACUACGAAAUAUUGAUCUGCUCCUCCAGGCAAAACCCGACAUUCUGAGCAAGGAACUGAGGGUGUUUUUCUGCAAAUACAACGACCCGCCAUACGUCAAGCUCCAAAAGCUCGAGAUCAUGGUCAGGAUAGCCAACGACAAGAAUUGUGACCAGCUGCUGGCCGAGCUGAAAGAGUACGCCCUAGAAGUUGAUAUGGACUUUGUCCGAAGGGCCAUUAAGGCUAUUGGACAGGUGGCAAUCAAAAUCGAAAGCUCGAGCGAGAAGUGUGUGGACGCUCUCCUGGACCUCAUCGCCGCAAAGGCCAACUAUGUCGUCCAGGAGGUGAUCGUUGUGAUCAAGGAUAUUCUCCGCAAGUAUCCCGGAUAUGAGGGAGUGAUCCCGACGCUCUGCAAGUACAUCGACGAGCUGGAUGAGCCCGAGGCGAGAGGUUCCCUCAUUUGGAUCGUCGGCGAGUACGCAGAGAAGAUCAACAACGCCGACGAGAUCCUAUCGACUUUCGUGGAUGCAUUCAUGGAGGAGUUCACUCAGACCCAGCUGCAGAUCCUGACCGCCGUUGUCAAGUUGUUCCUCAAGAAGCCGGGCAACAACCAAGGUCUUGUCCAGAAGGUCCUGCAACUAGCCACGGCAGAUAACGACAACGCUGACAUUCGUGAUCGCGCCUACGUGUACUGGCGUCUCCUUUCGGGCGACCUGGAUGUUGCCAAGAACAUCAUAUUGUCUCAGAAACCCGCCAUCUCCACCACCAUGACCAGCCUCCCGCCCGCACUCCUAGAGCAGCUCCUCACCGAGCUGUCGACCCUCGCCUCCGUCUACCACAAGCCGCCCGAGUCGUUUGUCGGCAAGGGCCGGUUCGGCGCCGACGAGAUCCAGCGAGCCGCCAUCCGGGAGCAGCGCCAGAACGCGGCGGACGAGCCCAUCGCGGCCUCGGUGGCUGCCGCCGCCGCCGCCGCCAACGGGACGGGCGGCAACAUCGAGAAUCUCCUCGACAUCGACUUCGACGGCGCCGCGCCGGCGAGUGCGGAGCAGAACCCGGCGGGGUUGUCGGGCACGCCCGACCGCGUUGCCAGCCCCUCGGCGGGUGGUGGUGCGCCGAGCGGCGGCAUGGCGGACAUGAUGGGGCUGUUCGACGUGCCGGCGGCGGCCCCGCCGGCCUCGGGCGCGCAGCAGGGCAUCGGGGGAGUGAACGAUAUCAUGAACGGGUUCGCGGGCAUGGACCUCAGCGGCACUAGUGCGCCGCCGCCGCCGGGGCAGCAGCUGGGGCAUACUCCUCCGCCGAAGAGCACCAGCGCGGGGGAUGACCUGCUGGGUCUGUUUUAAGUUUAUUCGCUGAUGCGGCGUGGAUGAGUCGGGGGGUCUUGGUAGCGUUUUUCUGGGAUGUUGUCUGUCAGAUCAGAUGGGGGAGAGGGCGACUGACAGGCCUAGGCACCUGGUAGAUUUAUAACUGAUCCAUCUGCUCGGUUCAAGAGUCGGGGUAGAAUAAAUUAGCUGGAAACUUGGCUGAUUCAACGCCGUCUUGGUAUCUCAAGCGCGCUUGACCGUCAUAUCUCGAGUUGGGAGAGUGAUCAUUCUCCAUGAAAGCAACGAGGCCUUCCAGGGGUUGAAACAAGAGCUGAAUGACCUCUGUGAUAAUAUUGUCUGUCGAUCACCGACUUCACGAAAAUUAAAGCCGUCCUGAGCACCGGGUAUCCUCAAGACCAAAGAGGUCCAAGC